UACAGCAGGUGGCGCUGUGCGGUCUAAACACGAGUUCUCGCGAGAAAUCAAAACACAAACGAGAAAGAAGAAUAAGAAAAAGGAAGAGGACAGUAGCUGCUUUAUCUCCAACAAGAAAAUGGACACGCGGUUCACUCGAGGGAAAUCCAACAUCUUGGAGCGACCCCUGACCCGACCCAAGACUGAAGUCAGCGUGAGCGCUUUUGCCCUCCUGUUCUCAGAGAUGGUCCAGUACUGUCAGAGCCGCGUGUACUCCGUGUCUGAGCUGCAGACACGCCUCGCAGACAUGGGCCAGAGUGUGGGAGCCAGCAUGCUGGACGUGCUGGUGCUGAGAGAGAAGAACGGGAAGAGGGAGACCAAAGUGCUGAACAUGCUGCUCUUCAUCAAGGUUAACGUCUGGAAGUCUCUGUUUGGGAAGGAGGCUGACAAACUGGAGCAGGCCAACGACGAUGACAAGACUUAUUACAUCAUAGAAAAGGAGCCACUCAUCAAUGCAUACAUCUCUGUGCCCAAGGAGAACAGCAGCUUAAACUGCGCCGCCUUCACCGCGGGCAUCGUGGAGGCCAUCCUCACACACAGCGGCUUCCCUGCCAAGGUCACUGCCCACUGGCACAAAGGCACCACACUAAUGAUAAAGUUUAACGAGUCAGUCAUAGCCAGGGACAAGGCUUUGGAUGGCAGAUAAGGAAGACUGGUGAGAGUGCGAGGUUAUGUUAUUCAGUACAGGUUGAAGAUAACUCAUCCAGGUCCAGGCUGUAGUGUUUGUUCCUGACUGAAUUUCCUUGUAGGGUGACUUUAUGGAUGGAUGACUGCACCACACUGAGCCACGCCUAGAGAGGAAAAACGUGCAGCUAGUUGGUUUAAUCUUUAAUGUUUUUGUGGAUCAUCUCACUCCUGUUGCACCUCAUCAAGUGACACAAAAUUGUUCACUUUUGAUUUGCAGUUUCACAUUUUUAAUUUAAAGAUCAUUCUUUAAAGAUUAACAUAUUGAAUAAAACGUUCUCCACAUUAUUUUGUUGUUUUCAUCAGUAAUUAUCUGAUUUUUAAGCCCAACAGGUCAACAUAUUUAAUUAAAUAACUUUAAAGAUAAUGUCACUGUGGGCCCUUGUGAUGGCCCUUUACACAAUUUUUUCCCUUUUUUUUUUAGACUAAACAAUUUAUUUAAAAAAAAUAAGUAAUUGUGAGGUGCAGGUUUCAACCUUUAGGGGAGCAGUGAAGAGGCAGAAAACAGGCAAUGGGUCAUUGGACUCAUGCGCUGUAAGCAUUCGGUUACCACGGUGAUCUGGUUUUUAUAAUGUUAAUAAAAAUUUGUGUCAUAGUAUCUCAAUGCAAAAUAUUUGAUUUUUACAGAGAAAGGUCCAGACUCAUGCGAUUAUUUCUCAAAGUUUCAUUCCAGUUCAACUCCAGCUGCAUGUUUCAUCUCUGUAAAAUAGAUUCAGGGCCAUAUUUACCACUGAAGACACUGAGGUUAUAUGCUCACUAUUUUUAUUUUCAUUUCUACUAUUAUUUUAUUGUGUGUGUUUGUGUUUGUGUGCCUGUGGAGUAUAUUAUGUUCUAUGAUUAAAAACGUAACUUACAUUUUUUGUUUCAUAAGCUGACACAAAUACUUUUUGACUCAGAUUUUGACAAAUUUGGUUCUUUUUAAGCCAGGAACAUUAUAAAUAAAUAAAGGCUUCAGCGUCUGUCCGUCCCCAGACUUUUCUUCUUGGCUGCAUGAAGAAGGCUUCAAGGAAACUUACAGAAAUUAUAUUGACUCAAUAAAUUAAAUAUUAAAAAAUCCAAAUGAAUAAUGAAAUAAAGAACUUUUUGGUUUCUUGUAAAAAAAAAAAAAAAAAAAAGGAUGUGAGGGUGGCGGCUUCCUGUGAUGCAUUAACAUGUAACUGCAAUGUUUCCGGUUUGAUUCCAGCUGGGGGUUUUUGUUGCAUGACAUCCUCUCAUGUCCUGUCUGUAAAAAACAGUAAUACUUCAAUAUUUUGGGAAAUACGCUUAUUUUCCAAUUUUGCCACGCGUUAGAUGAGAAUACAACUCUCAUGUCUGUACAGUAAUUAUUAAGCUACAGCCAGCAGCCAGUUAGCUUAGCUUAGCAUAAAGACUGGAAACAGAGGGAAACCAUUAGCCUGGCUCUAUACGAAGGUAACAAAAUCCACCUCCAGCAGCUUGUUUGUUUAUCUGUACAAAAGCUGAAUUCUGGUGACUGGUUUUACUGGGAGUUAUGGUCCAGUUUGCUCCCGCCUCCAGUCUUUAUGCUAAGCUAAGUCAAGUGGCUGCUGGCUGUAAAUUCAUAUUUUGUUCAGACAUGAGCGUCAGCCUCCUCGUCUAAGACUUCCUCUGCAGUCGGAUUAGCAACUGAAUACGCGAGAAUGACGACAGACGCAUUUUGAAUAUAUAUCUAUAAGGAGAAGUUCUUAAAAUAGCUAAAGCCGAUGGAUUCAGACAUUUCAUUUCACCUCUUUUGCUCUCCUCAUAGACUGUUUACCUGCAUGAAACCAAAGCCGGCUCAAAUGUGAUUGGUCAAUACUACUCGGACUUCGAACAGAAAAAAGAAUCUUUUCAAUGGCAAACUUUGAUAUCUGGUUAUUAAGAUUUGCAACAAAGCAAGGAUACUUCCCAAAAUGUUGAACUAUUCCUUUACUAGAGGGGCGUUGGGGGACACAUGCCCCCAGUUUAUCUAAAAUCCUGGCUACGGCCCUGCUCAUAAUGUGUUUAUUGUGCUGGUUAUUAUUGAUGACAAUGUUUAUUUGUCUGUAAAUAUUAAACUGUAAAACAAAAUAAAAUAAAUUUGCGAAAUGA